AUGUCUACUGGGUUUAAAGGAUUCACUGAUUUUUUGUUUUCUAAGAGAGCAUUAAAAUAUGUCUGCUCAACACACUUUUGGGGUCCAGUUUCAAAUUUUGGGAUUCCUGUUGCUGCUAUUUUAGAUUUGAAGAAAGAUCCAGAUUUAAUCAGUGGUCCUAUGACAGGUUCUUUAAUAGUGUAUUCCUUAGUAUUCAUGAGAUACUCCUUAGCUGUCACCCCAAAGAACUAUUUAUUGUUCGGUUGUCAUUUCGUCAAUGAAGCUGCUCAAAUAGGUCAAGGUUUAAGAUGGUUAAGUCAUAAUGUAACGAAAAGCAAAGAAAUAGAACCAUCCACAUAA